CAGUUCGCGUUUGUCGCCGCAGCUCCGUGUCGAAGCCACGAAGAAGAAGAAUGUUGUGGACAGGGAAGUCUUGUUAGCGGCAGGAGGCGGAAGCUGAGUUUUGUUUUUGUUUUUGUUUUCGGCGCCUGAUUAAUUAACGAUCAUUUUCCCACCGGGGCAGAUAGCUGGAUUCGUUAACAUCCCACCGUUUGUCCGGUUUGUUUCUGUUCGCUUUGUUUUUGACACUUUGUGGGUGUUUUCCCGGAGGCUAACAGCGGGAGCUAACAGGCCCCAUCUGUCCAUUGUUUGUCCGGCGGCUCUCGUCCCGUUCACGCCGAGGACAGAGAGCUUCUGACGGCCACACACUUCAGACACCACCGUGAGGGAAGCGCCAGGGCCGCUGUCACCCCAGCUGACGUUACCUGCACCGGCUGACGGAUCGGUCGCCAUGUACGCCCCGCCGGGUUCCGCCGUCCUACCCGGAGGUCGGAGGAGGAGAGCGGGCACCUCGUUGCCCAAGCAGCCGGAGCGCAGCCUGGUCUCGGCCCUGCCCGGAGCUCUGUCCAUCACGGCGCUGUGCACGGCUCUAGCGGAGCCGGCCUGGCUCCGGGUCCACGGAGGCACCUGUCCGAGGCAAGAGCUCGGGGUGGCGGAUGUCCUGGGGUACAUUGACCCCAAGCUCCUGGAGGAUUACUGCGUGAACCCGCAGACCAUCCUGCUGCUGAGGGUCAUCGCCGCCUUCUGUUUCCUGGGCAUCCUGUGCAGCCUGACCGCUUUCCUCCUGGAUGUGUUCGGCCCCAAACACCCCGCGCUAAAGAUCACGCGCAGAUACGCAUUCGCACACAUCCUCACAGUGUUGCAGUGCGCCACAGUCAUAGGCUUCUGCUACUGGGCUUCGGAGCUCAUCCUGUCGCUGCAGCAGCAACACAAAAAGUACCACGGCUCCCUCAUAUACGUCACCUUCGCCAUCAGCUUCUACCUGGUAGCGGGGGCCGGCGGAGCCUCCAUCCUCGCCACGGCCGCGAACCUCCUGCGCCACUACCCCACCGAGGAGGAGGAGCAGGCUUUGGAGCUGCUCUCGGAGAUGGAGGACAGCAGCGAAACUUUUCCUGCCGACUAUGACAUUGCCAAUCAGUUUCAGCCGCCGCCUGCCUACACGCCCUAAUGCCGCCAGACUGGCCUUGUUAACACACACACACACAAACACACACGCUUCUCUCUCUCUCAGCACGGCUAUUGGCUUGAUGAGCGAACCCUGCUCUUUAUCAAAUGGAUAUCUUUGCAAAAAAAAUAAAAAAAUACUCUCCAUAAUGAACACGGUGCGCGCGCUCAGUUCCCCAAAACUCCUUUACUGACAGUGCUUGGGUGCAUGAAAGCUUUCUUUAGUGGCGGCAGAAAUUUAGGAGACGAUCGUUACCUUCCUUCGCCACUGAAGUCGUUAGUGAUUUGCAUGUAAAUGGCUUUUAGGAUUUGGUUCAUGUGAAGCAAAUCAAAGUGCGAGGAGCGCUCAGUAUGGCUCAUCACGAGUAAUUGAUGAGACAGCCACAGCCUGAUCGGUGCCAAUUAUCGAAGCUGGGCUGUCGGGCAGAUGGUCAGCGGUCGGUUGCGUUGCUCUUGGUUGGAUGUGGAUGGAGCAUCAUUUUUUUUAUAAGCUUGCCAUGUGUAUGAUUUUAUUUUCUUGAUUAAAAAAACAAAACAAACGCAAGCAUACACUGAGAAGUUUCUUUUAGACAUUUCUUUUAUAUAAAAAUAUCAAAAAGGACCUUUAUUAUUUAUUAUUUAGCUGUCCGUGCUGUGUCUUACCUUCUUCCUUUUCUUGCUUUGUAGACACCUGUCACUGGUUUAGUCUUAUUUAAUCUUAUUUGUACUUGAAAUAACAGAAAGGAAAUUUAAAAAAUGUGAAACCGGUCUUUAUGGUGUUGUGUUUUUUUUAUUUAAAAUAAAAAAAAAGGAUCUUGGCAUGUGUCUGUGUGUUGAGAGCUGGCAGACGUGGAGGAAUUGAGAAACAUGUUUUUUGUGUUUCCCAGUUAGCCGACGUGCAGUUGACAGGAAAACCUCGUCGCAUACGUUGUCAACGUUUCCCUGUGUCUGAUUUUUAAAAGAAACCUCGUUUGUAUCAUACGUGACAGUUUGAGGAUGUGUUUUUCUAUGCAUGAGUUGUUUUUUUUUUCGUGUGCAAAUUUUAAACCUCCGGGACGAAACCUCUUCUCUUCUUACCGAGGUUCCAGCCGAGAGGCUUAAAAAUUGUGAUUGACGUGGUGACUCUUAGCUGGUUGUGUUAUCGUUCUGUUUUCUCCAUUUCUGCGUUUUUGUUUUUUUGUUCCACACGUUGUCGCUAUACUUUCAUCACCAGUAUGUAAAUAUUGAUUGUUUAUACAUAAAAAAAAAGUGGUCAUAAUAAAAACGAAUGCCAUAUG